AUGGCUGCUUUUGUUGGAAACUACUUCGUUGUUGCUCUCAUAAGCAAUUUUAUACCCAAAGAAAAAAUUGCAUUUUUUUCUACACGAAAGGAGGCGAACGUGGCGAAAAUCCCUGUUGUUCUUGUUGAUCCUUUGCAUCAGCUUGUCAUCCGACUGAAUUUUGCACCAGUUAAAGUCUUUCUUUAUCUCUCAUCACCGACGGGUAAACCACUGCUGGAACAGUGGAAGUCGGUUGCGUCUGUGUUGGAGGAGCUGUUAAAGCAGUUUUUUACGCCACACCAAACGCAUGAGGCUCUCGCUCUUAAGCUCCACCUGUUGGCUUGUUGCCUAAGGCGUGCCGGUGAGUUCUACGAUUCCGAAUGUUCAAAGCCGGAGGUUGAGCCAGCCGUUAAGCAGAAGGAGCCCGUCAUCUGCUUGGAGCCGCUGAUCAAACAAUUCCUACGAGGAGGAGAUCCUCACGGCCUGCCAAUGGGUAUUUCUUUCUCUUUGCAGUUCCAUGCUCACCUUGUGUAA